AUGGCCCGGCUCUCCGUCAAGGACCACCUGGACGGGAUCCUUUCCGACUUCGAAGCACUCAAGAAGUCAUUUGAGGCAGAGGAUGGGGAUGAGGCGCCCGGCUCCCCACUGGUGUUGCCGCUGUCCUCGGGCACCGGCGAGAACCAGCGGUCGCUGCAGCCCAGCCACCCCUCCUGCUCGGGCACCGCCGCCGGCCCCAGCCCAGCGCCCAGCCCCGUGCUGCGGACCCGGCUCAGUGCCAGCCAUGCCACUGGCCGAGCCAACAGCACUGCCGGCACCGGCAUCGCCCGCACCGCCUCCUUCCAGACCCGCCAGGCCUCUGCCACGGGGCCAGGAAGCGAUGGCGAGAGCCUGCGCAGCUCAUCCUCCAGCCUGGAGAGCCCUGCACCCACCAGGCCCCUCCUGCCACCAGGCACCCCCCCAGCCACCAGCCCUGGCCUGAAGAAGGUCGCAUCCCAUGGAAGCGUUUUCCCAGGGGUGCUGGAUCACCCUCUGUGUGGGGCUGCCACCAGCCAUGGCUCACUGCCAGCGCUGGACCUGCACAUCGCCGAGGAGCCAGGGACCCCCGUGCCAGACCCCUCGCCAUGGGGCACCCAGAGCCCUGCACCCCAGCCUCGCACCCACCAGCCUUCCUCCUCCUCCUCCUCCUCCUCCUCCUCCUCCCUGGCCCCAUACAAUGGCACAGAGGCAGCACCAGGGCUGCCCACAGUCCCUGAGGGGCCGGGGGGGUGGGAUGUGGCCCCCCGCAUGCUGUCCCGGCCGCAGCUGAGGGUCACCCUCAGUGCCAGCCCCAUCCCGUCCCGCCGGCACCCACCACUCUGCUGGGGCCAGGGGGAGACAGCCCCGGCCCCUGCCACCCUCUCCCCGGGGAGGGUCGAGGGGCUGCCCCCGCUGCCAGCUCCCCAAGCCGCCACCUUCAAGCUGGUGUCACAGCCACAGACGGUGCAAGUGAGCUCCCAGCCCGCCUUCCUCGGGGGGCUGGUGCUGGUGCCGACACUGGGGACACUGGCAGCGCCCCGUGGAGCCAGAGGGAACCCCCCCAGCACCGGGCUGGUGGGACCACGGGGACCCUGCGUGGUGGCAGCAGCUCCCAGCAAGGCUGCAGACGGCAGCGGGGCAGCGGGAACACCAGAGCACGCAGUCAGCCGGCAAACUGGGCACGGGGGCUUGGCUGUGUCGGGGAGGGGGCUGCGGGAGGCGGGAUAUUGCCAUGCUGGUCAUGCGUGGGAGCGGCAGCCGAGCCGGAGCCGGUUUGGUGCCAGCCGGGAGCUGGCGGAGGGAAGGGGGCCGGGCUGCUGCGCUGCUGGGGUUGGGGAUGCUGAUGGCACCCGGGGGACCCCCCCCGACCGUAGCGAGGAGCUGAGCGAGGGCAUCGCGGCGCCGAGGUAG